AUGAUCGAGGGUGUGCCGUCGCAUGCGUGGUCGAGGGAGACGGCCACGGAGCUGCUGGGCAAUUCCUGUCUGAUCGAGAGUUUAGCACCGGAGACCGCGAGCAGAGAGGAUCUCUCUGUGUUCAAGCUGGGUGCGUGGUGUGUUGACCCGGAGGAAAUCCCGGCGUGUCAUCGACUCUGGGUGCCGGAGCCGCAGGAGCGUGUGGUGAAUCCGGCCGUGCGGCAUCCGUCCUUUCGUCAACUACUGAAGUACCCUACACUCAUUCACACUAGGAGGCUGAGAGAUCAUACUCCAUCGGAGCUCUGGCGUCGCUCGCCUAGUUCGGACGGUGGCAUCGGUCAAAGUGGCCUGCCGGACAGCUCCAAUGGAUCCCUUCCCGGCGGGGAUUGGACGGUGUUGCCUUGGACUCACGGAGUCUGCGACAACAGGGGCGUUGGUCGCCGUUCUCCUGGCCCCGCCGGCGGCAGUGGACAUGGCAGAUCUUACCGGCAGGCUCUCGAGGGCAGGAUCGGUCCAUCGAAUUGGCGCAUCCCGCCAAUAGGGAACGGAGGGUUGGCUGUCACGGACGUCACUAGGGUGGCCCACGAGAAUGAGGCCUUGACUGGUCUGGCACGUUCAAACCCCAACCAGACUGUGGAGAGGCUGUUGGCAAAUGAGGUGGUGCUAGCUGGCGCGCUGGCCACACCGGUUCUGACCGACAAGACUUCAGAGGAGAUAAGGAUCCCUGUCAAAGUGACUAAUGAGCAAAUCAGCAUCCAGGCCGAAGUAGCCAAUGUGGAAGAUCAGGCUUCGCUUCCUCCUAUCGUAAUGCAGAGGGAGCCGGUGGCAAGGGCAGACGACGCGGAUGGAGCAGCUUCUCCUGCGGCGACUGGGGUGGGCACGUUGGUCGGGCCGCCCACCUCGGAUCCGAUGCGGGCGACUCCACCGGCUUGCAUGCACAAGGAGGGACAAUGCUUCGGUGCCUUAAGGCACCUGCCUUUGUGUCUUUGA